AAUUAAUUUAUGUAUCAAUUCUAACUCUCACCAUCCCUCUCGCUCCACUCCGCGCGGAUGGAACCAGCUUCAGACGAGUGGGAGCUCUGCAAUGACGACGGCUUCAUUUACAAGCGGAAGAAGCGGCGGCUCGCCGAACCAUCAGCUUCUCAACUCACAGAUCCCGAAGCAGAAGAAAGGCAGCGGAGAGAACGCAAGAGAAAGGCUCUGUCGAAGCUCAAAAAACAUUACCAGAAAGAGAUCAAUCAGUGGGAACUUUUGUCUACUACCUUGCAGGCGAUGCAAGGAAAGACACAGGCUAAAAGUCUCCGGAACUCGGAAGAAACGCCGUCGUUUCUCUAUUCGGCUUGGAACGCCAUUGAGGAGUCCGAAAUGGGUUUUGGGUCAGCACUCAAUGAGCUCCUUUUGCAGGUGGAAGCACAGGCAGCUAUAAUUCAUGAUGUUGCGAAUUUGUGCGACGUUGCGGAAGCAAUGUGCAGUGCACAAGAGGAACAGUUAAAACAAUCCUUCAUUGAUCUUCCUGUCUGGUCUUCCCCGCGCGAGCUCAUGGCUUCCUGUCUGGCUUCACUUUGUGAUGAGUAGGUUACUUCUGGAGUGUUAUUAGGUUAUUUUUGGAGGGUGUUCUUUCACUGUAAUGAAUUAUCUUUUGAAGGAACCUGGAUGAUGGUAUAAAAUUUUCUAGGUGAUUCUUUUAUUCUAUCCUUUUCGCUUUUGUAUGAUCUAUGACAUAGGAGGUCUUGCAUCUGAUUGAUGAAGAAGAGAUAUCGAGGGUGAGGAAAUUGUGGAUAGGAAUCUGAAUGAAUUUUUUACAUGCUUAUCGAUA